AUUAUUUUUUAUCUUUGUUUGUGUACUAAGAAAAGAAAUCUUCAGCAUCUUUCAUUUCAAACUACAUAUAUAAACACCCCAACACCAUUAGAAACAGCAACCAACAUAAAACCUCUCCCUCUCUCUCUCUCUCUGCAAAGACUCAAACAAACCAAAUGGCUUUCUCUAAAUCCAUCGCCUUUUUUGCUGCCCUUCUGGUGGUGCUACCCAUGGCUGCUUUGGCCUUCGACUGGGACAACAUAGCUCCUUCUAUUGCCGAUGAGGUGUGCAAACAAGUGGAGUGUGGACGGGGAGCCUGCAAAUUUGAUGUAGAGGAUCCAUUAGGCUUCACCUGCGAGUGUGAGGCUGGUUGGAAGCGAACCCGUGACGGAGACGAUGACCUUAAGUUUCUCCCCUGUGUGAUUCCCAACUGUACACUUGACUACAGCUGCCAGCCAGCUCCACCUCCAGUUCCUGCUAAAGAAAUUCCACGCAACUUGUCGGCCUUUGACCCUUGCUACUGGGUUUACUGUGGAGAAGGUAACUGUGUAAAGAACGAAACAUAUGCACAUACACCUAUCUGUGAAUGCAAAUCAGGCUUCUCCAAUCUUCUUAAUGUCUCAGCAUUCCCUUGCUACAAUGAAUGCACACUUCAACCCGACUGUAAAAGCCUUGGAAUUACGGUUGCUAAAUCAACUUCUACAGACAAUAAUCAAGCUACCUCGUUUUUGCCAGGAAAGUUGCAGUUGAUGACUAUGGCUAUGGUCUAUGUGGGUAUGAUUCUGUGGAAGUAGGGUGGAAAGUGCUGUCACGAGAUUGAGCUUUCUAUUUGUUUGUGCUAUAGCUUCAUCAUACAUGAAUUUGAUAUACUUCAGAUUAGUUUCGAGUUGGUGUAACAUUCCUUGAUUUUUCCACAGUUCAUCAUUCUGUAUAAAGUUAGUUUGUAUAACCCGAAACAUAGUCAUACAUCGAUGACUGUCAUAUAUGAUAUAUUUCACAUUGUGGGAGCGAUUUUCACCCCACAAGAAUA